AUGUCUAGCGGUUGGAACCCGAUUACCGGCCGUGACCCAAGCGGAGGCCGUCCAGCUCAUGCUCCUUACGGAGCCCCUAUUCCGAGCCAAGGCCAGCCCUACAUCUUUCACUCUGGCGGGCCGGGAUACAAUUUUGGUACAGUGCCUCACUACAACACCUGGGGAGGAUUUUCUUACACCAUGAACCCAUUAGCAAACCCGGGAGUGUACCCUGUUGGCUAUUCGCCUGCGCCUUCAGCUGGAGCUACAGGUGGCUACUACACUCAGCAGACGUUUUCGUACCAACCCAACGGAACGGGCAACAUCCUCCCACGCCAGCCGCAGCCUUGGCCUGCGAUCGACCCUACGAUGCCGGCGGCCCAAAUGACUAACUCUACAGGAGGCGUGGGUUGCGAGCCCGGUUACAACCUGUUCUUUUCCGCCGAGCACACGAAGGCUCACGUUUUUCGGUCGAACACGCCCCCUUGGCAGUUGCCCGCAACUGCCCAACUUCCCUUCAAAGCCGUCCAUAUUCCCUGCAAUACUACCCUCGAGGAGCUGCUCAAAGGGUUUGGAUGUACGAACCCAGUUCCGAAGAAAAACAAGGUGUUUGAGAUUCAGAGCGCCGGAGGAGGGAAAUGGUACAAGGGCUUGGAAGUGAAUGGUGGCAACAAGGAUCUUAUCAAGAAGACGAUCAAGGAUAUUGGCUGGGACGCGACGAGAACUGGAAAUCCGCGUGAAAAGCCAGUCGUGUGUUUGUGGUUUUGCAAGGAUUAA